AUGGUUGUUGCAGGAGUCCAGAAACCUCCUGAUGUGGGUUGCAAGCCUCUGCUGGGGGAAUGGCAGCUUCAUCUAGAGGUGGUUCUCAGCAUCUGGGACAUCUAUGGCAUAUACAUUUUCCUCGGCUUAUUAUCCGUUACCACGAUAUGUGGGAACCUUCUUGUAAUGACUUCCAUCAUUUACUUCAAACAGCUCCACACUCCUACUAACUACCUCAUUCUUUCUCUGGCUGUGGCAGACCUGCUUGUUGGUGUUAUAGUCUUUCCUUUCAGCAUGGCUCUCUCUCUGAGCUCAUGUCUGCAUCAUGAGGAUUUAUCUUACAGAUACUAUGCAGUGUGUCAGCCUCUGAUAUAUAGAACUAAAAUAAAUGUUAAUGUUACUUCAAUAAUGAUCCUGGUGUGCUGGGGUAUAUCUGUUCUAAUUGGAAUAGGCAUCAUAAUAGCAGGAUUCAGUCAAGGAACAUGUGAAGAAAUGUGCUCUGUUGAUGUUGUAUUGGCAAAUGUUAUGGGACCUGUUUUCUCAUUUUACUUCCCAGCAAUCAUAAUGAUCUGCAUCUAUCUGAAGAUUUUCCUUGUUGCUCAGAAACAACUGAAUAGCAUCCAGAAGACAACUUGCCAGGAUACAAAGUCUGGAGCAACUGUCACCUUUAUCUUAUAUGCCUCCACCAAUUCCUGUGAUUGA